CUCACUUGAUCAUUUCUCUUCAACCAAAGAAAUCCAUCACACCUAGACUCCAGAGCAAUUUCUCAUCCUACCAGAGACGUUGCCUUGACCUACCCCUACCCAUUUCUCACGUUGAUACAGCUAGUGCAUCAACGAGUCAUCCCCCCCUACCCACCCCCGCGCACAGGUCGCAAUCGAGCUUCUGCUACAGCCGCCAGCCUAGCCCCGCUUACUGGCAUUUCCCGAACCCGUGACCAUCCCUCCCCCUUUUCCCCCUUUCCGUCUUUCUUUCUUCACCCACUAGUCCUCAUCAACAACAAUGGCCCCUAGGAAGAACAACGAGCCCGCCUCUUGGGAGGUUGACGCCGACAAGCCCAAGCCCGAGGGCGAGACCCGCGCUCGUCGCUCGUACUGUGUCAAGGACCUCACGCUGCGCCCCGAGAAUGGCAUCGACACGGUCCACGACGUCAUGCUCUACGCUGCUCGCACCCACGGUGCCAAGCAGGCCCUCGGUGGCCGUGAUAUCAUCGGCACUGUCGAGGAGGAGAAGGAGAUCACCAAGGUCGUUGGUGGCAAGGAGGUCAAGGAGAAGAAGAAGUGGAGCUACUUCAAGCUCUCUCCUCUUGACUGGAUCUCGUACGACGACGCCCUCAGGGAGGUCCGCGAGCUCGGAAGCGGUCUCCGCGAGCAUGGCAUCGGUGGCAAGGAGGAGCAGUUCUUCAACAUCUACGCCGCGACCUCGCGCAACUGGAUGCUCAUGGCUCAGGCCUGUGCCUUCAACGCCGUCCCCAUCUGCACGGCCUACGACUCGCUCGGCCCCGAGGGUCUCAAGCACUCGCUCAACGAGACUGCUGUCCCCGGCAUGUUCACCAACUCGGAGCUCCUCAAGACCCUCGUCAAGGUCAUUGCCGACGCUCCCAGCGUGAACCUCGUCGUCUACGACGGCAAGCCCAACCCCGAGGCUGUCGAGGCCAUUGAGAAGACCCGUGAGGGCCUCAAGGUCGUCCACAUCGACGACCUCCGCAAGGCUGGUCAGGAGCAGCCCCACGAGGCCCUCCCCGCCUCGCGUGACGAUGUCUACUGCUGCAUGUACACCUCGGGUUCGACCGGUACCCCCAAGGGUGUGCUGCUUACCCACGGCAACGUUACCUCGGCCAUCGGCUCGGUCUGGAAGCUCCUCUACGAGUACCUCACCCCCACCGACACCUACCUUGCUUUCCUUCCCCUCGCCCACAUUCUCGAGUUCGUCGUUGAGAUGUCCUUCAUCUUCGCCGGUCUCCCCAUUGCCUACGGUCGUAUCAAGACCCUCACCGACGCCAGCGUCCGCGAGUGCAAGAGCGACAUCAUGGAGGCCAAGCCUUCCAUCAUGGUCGGCGUGCCCCAGGUUUGGGAGCUUAUCCGCAAGGGUAUCUUGACCAAGGUCGAGUCGUCGAGCAGCGUCAAGAAGGGCAUCUUCAACUUUGCUGUCCGCGCCAAGACUGCUGCCAAGCAGUACUCGAUCCCCCUCCUCGGCGGUAUCACGGACGCUGUCGUCUUCAACCAGGUCCGUGCCCAGACUGGUGGCCGCCUCAAGAUUAUGUUCAACGGUGGUGGUGCCGUCUCGCGCUCGACUCAGCACUUCCUCCAGACUGCUCUCGUCAUGAUGAUUCAGGGCUACGGUCUCACUGAGGGCACUGCCAUGGCCUGUAUCCUCAACCCCGGAUGGCUCCAGCUCGGUUCGGUCGGUGGCCCCGUGCCCGGUGCCGAGAUCAAGCUUGUCGACGCCCCCGAGGCUGGCUACUUCAGUACAAACGACCCUCCCCAGGGUGAGGUUUACAUCCGUGGUCCUGCCAUCUUCAAGGGCUACUACAAGCGCCCCGACCUGGACGACGAGGCCUUCACGUCCGACCGCUGGUUCAAGACUGGUGACAUCGGCCAGUGGAACAAGGACGGUACCCUCUCGAUCAUCGACCGUAUCAAGAACCUUGUCAAGCUGCAGGGUGGCGAGUACGUUGCCCUCGAGCACCUCGAGUCGAUCUACAAGUCGGCUUCGUUUGUCGCCAACGGCGCUGUUCUGGCCAACCCCCAGCACACCAAGCCUGCUAUGAUCGUCAUGGCCCACCCCGUCAACCUGCCAGCAUUCGCCAAGAAGGCUGGCCUUACCGCGGCCGGCGAGGACCUCGAGACAAUGUGCAAGGACCCCGAGGUCGUUGACGCCUGUCUCAAGGAGUUGAACGCUGUCGGCAAGAAGCAGGGCCUCAAGGGAAUGGAGCUGCUCGAGGCGCUCAUCCUCACCCCCGACGAGUGGACUCCUGAAUCGGGUCUCCUUACCGCUGCUCAGAAGCUCCAGCGUAAGGUUAUCGAGAGGACGUACGACGAGCAGAUCAAGGCCGUCUACGCGUAAUUGUUGCGCGUCGACGUCGUUUGGCUGCUCGCUCUGGUUACCCGUUUCUUAAUGUGCAUGCCCGCGAUGGACUGUGCGGGUAUGGCUGCACUCUAUACUCUUUACGUUUCCCCUCUCCGUAUCUGAUUCUCCCCUGUCGUGAAUGUAUAUGAAGCAUGAUGUUUGACAA